UUAAACUAGAACUGUCUACCAUGUCUUCCCAGACUACAGUUGUUCAGUCUAACAGACUGCAAGAUCUUAAAGUUCGUGGUCUUAACUCAAGCAAAGGAAUCACUUUACCUCCUACAUACACACGAGAAUUCAUUCCAGCCAACAAAGCUCACAUUCCAACUAAUGAGACAGCUAAAGCUUGGCCACAUUUAGAACACCUUCAACCAGAAAUCGCACCUUUGCAAGAUUGCGAGGUAGGAUUGUUGAUCGGAUACAACUGCUCACAAGCUCUUCUUCCAAGAGAGAUUGUGUCAGGCAAGGAAGGUGAGCCAUACGCUCAGCGCACUGAUCUUGGUUGGAGUAUAGUUGGACAAACCAAUCCCUGCUUGAACUAUGGAGAUGCGAUUGGUAUUAGUCAUCGUAUUAUUGUCAAGAAGGUCAUCCCAGAGCUUAAGCCCUCUCUAAAGCUUCAGAACAAGGUCCACUAUGUCAAUAGGACAACAGUAAAGGACGUCACCCCUUCAGACGUUAUCAAAGCACUUGAAGGAGACUUCUCUGAAAGAGCCCUUGAUGCCAACCCUGUGCCACAUGAAGAACUUGAAGAGGAGAAAGACAUCAAAAGAUCUCUCAGGAAAAAGACAGUGUACCUGAAACCAUCCCAGAAGGUCCAUGAGGAGCCGAAACCCUCUGAGGACCAGGAAAAAAGGAAACCUCCCAAGGAAGUGUUGGAGAUCCCUCAGAAAAAACAAGUUGACGAAUCUUUGGGAGAAGACAAAGACAUCCAGAAACCUUCUCAAGAAGAUGAAAGUAAACCUUCUGAGAUGAAAGAGGAGAAGAAACCUCCCAAGGAGGAAAAACCUGAAGAUGUAAUUUCCAGGGAACCUGAGAAGCCCUCCAAGCAAAAACCGAAGGAACCCUUCGAAGACGUUAUGAAACCGUCCAAAAAAGAACCGAAGAAGCUCUCAAAAGUUGUCAAGGUGACCACCAGAGAAAAUACAAUCGACACUUCCAAAGUGGUCAAAGAAGUCAAGAAGAAUCCAAAAGAAAAACCUGCACCGAAAGCGGAUGUUUCCAAGAAACCUUUCAGGUUCCUGAGAGUCACCAACAAGCAAACAGCGCCAGUUCUAAAAAAAGAACACGUCAACGUGACAAAAGAAAAGGUUCCCAAGGUGAAAGCCAAACCAGAACCUUUAGGAAAAGAAAAUGAAGUGAAAAAACCUCAGAAAGAAGUCAAGAAAGAAGACACAGAGGUCAAAGUAACUUCAAAGGAAGUCACAAAGCCGCAGAAACAAGACAAGGAGGUCAAAGUACCUCCUAAGGAAGCCAAGAAAGUUCCAAAGAAACUCAAAGAACUUCCAAGCCACGAGAAGGAAGUCAGGAAACCAAAGAAAGAAGAGAAGUCGGUCAAAGAAGUGACUAAGGAUGAGUUGAAAGUAAAAGAGGACAAGGGUGUCCUUAGCAAACCUCCUAAAGAACAAAAGCUUGAAGAAGCUGAAAAACCAACCAGCAAGAAGCUUCCCAGAAAAAUAAGAACCAUCAAAGAAGCGCAAGAGAAACCACCAAAGGAAGGCAAAGAAGACAAGAGGCGUCCUCGGGAAGAUGUCGAAAAAGCUCUCAAAAGGGAACGUCUCAAAGAAGUUGAGAAACCCAUCAAAGAAGCAAACAUGUCUUCAGUGGUCCUUCAAGAAACUAAGAAACCACUUGAAGGUGGUUCCGAAGUCAAAGACAAGAGAACGUCUUUAAAAAGAUUUUUCAAAAUCCAUAAAGAAGUAACAGAAGCAAAGAAAGUUACCAAAGAUGAGAAAGAAGGCAAAACACCUCCUGAAAAAGUGUUGUUCUUCAGGAGAACUUCCAAAGAAGCUCUCAAAAAGACACACAGAGAACUUAAAAAGGAAACUGAAGUCAAAAAGCCUCCUGAAGAGGAAAUCAAGAAACAUCUGAAAGAGGAUCUUCAGAAACAAGAAACACGAGAUUCCAAGUCAACCAUUGUUCAACCUCCUCCAGGAGAGUUUAUGAAAGAAGAUUUGUAUCUUCAAAACAGAUGGAGAAGAGUCCAAUAUUUAGCCAAUGAGUUUUGGAUCCGUUGGAGGAAAGAAUAUUUGCUCAACUUGCAACCAAGACAGAAGUGGACUGCACACAGAAGGAAUCUGAAGGUAAAUGAUGUAGUGCUUCUAAAAGAAGACAUGGCACCACGUAAUGAAUGGAAGCUAGCCAAAGUCACUGAUGUCUAUCCAGGAACCGACAACAAAGUGAGAAAGGUUCGACUUUUGGUUAGUGAAAGGACAUAUGACAGACACAGUAAACUUGUGACUAAAACAGUCUCAUUAGAACGACCUAUUCAUAAAGUUAUUGUUUGCUAGAAGCUGACUAAGGGCUUGUGUGUAUUUUCAUGUUCAGUUUGUAAGCCUGGAUGUAAAUCAUAGAAAUCCCACAGCAAGAGUUGUGAGAUUGGUGGGAGUGUUACUGCUAUAUUUUCGUUUCUUUUCAUUUUCUGUGUAUUUUCAUUAUUAUUACCGUUGAGUGCCACCAGAGGGCGCUAUAGUGUAAGUGAGCUUUGUAAGAAGAAGUAGAGGUUAAUUUCCUCAGAAGAAGCGAUCUCUCGAGAGAUCGAAAGAUGCGUGACUGAAGCGUGGUCACAAAGCUAAGUUGUUAAGAAAGAUAAGAAACAAUAAGAAGAAGAAGACGACUGAAACUAAUUCCUCUCUCGGUACUCAGCCAACGAGGUAUUGUUUGUAUGUUGUAUUUGUCAGAAUCGUUUUAUGUGUUAAAUGUCUUUCUUUUGAGCUAAUUGUUGUUUGUUUGUGCUUUUAGUUUUCAAGGUGUGUUUAUGAGUCUGAACAAGCUGGAUUCAAUAAAUCCAUCAGUUGAGAAAGCCACUUGUGUCUGUUGGUACCUGGAGGA